AUGGCAGAAUCACUCUCAGAUCCAAAAGAUCCCAAUCAUUCAAUCGACUCAGUCAUAGAAGAUUAUUCAUCAUCUGGUAUACCAGAUAAAAAAUCAGCUCAUAUCUUUGCUGGUAUUGGUGCUUUAUAUCUUAUACUUUUAUCUAUUCCUCUUAUAGCUUUUCCUAGAUUCUUAGUUUUACUCUUAGGUCCUACACUUCUAGUCACUGAAGGAGUGGAAGAUGAAUCUAGUAAAGGUUCAGGUCAACCUCAAGUAUUGAGAACACUCAAUGGUCUAGAACUUUACCUUGGAAGAUUAGUUGGUUUAAGUUUCAUCACUUUAGCUAUCAUUUUAAUCCUUCAAACUGGUGCUAUUCCAUUAACGACUUCAUUAGCCCAUGAUCAUUCAAAAGAAGAAUCUGCACCUUAUCGUCAACCCACGGUGUUCUUUGUGACUGUUUUCUUUGGUUUAUUGGGAUUUUCUUCUUGGAAUGUUGGAUUGACAGUCAUUGGACUUUCUGGUUCAGCUCUAGCUGCCUGGGGAACGUUUGUUUUCUUAUUCGCAGUUGGUAACUUAAUUUUGACGUGCUUCCGUUUCACCGAUCAUUGGAUCAGAGAUUCUGAAUAUGAUACCCUUUUCCCUGAAUCUCAUAUCAUGUGA